AUGUAUUCAUUUAUGGCAGGAGCCAUAUUCAUCACGGUGCUUGGCAAUCUUGCCACGAUCAUUUCCAUUUCCUACUUCAAGCAGCUUCACACACCAACCAACUUCCUCAUCCUCUCCAUGGCAGUCACUGAUUUCCUCCUGGGGCUUACCAUCAUGCCCUAUAGUAUGGUCAGAUCAGUGGAGACUUGCUGGUAUUUCGGGCUUACAUUUUGCAAGAUUCAUUAUAGUUUUGACCUGAUGCUUAGCAUAAUGUCCAUUUUCCAUCUUUGCUCAGUGGCCAUUGAUAGAUUUUAUGCUAUCUGUUACCCUUUACAUCAUUCCACGAAAAUAACAAUUCCCCUCAUUAAGUGGUUGCUACUUCUCUGCUGGUUGGUUCCCGGAGCAUUCGCUUUUGGGGUGGUCUUCUCCGAGGCCUAUGCCAAUGGGAUAGAAGGCUAUGAUAUCUUGGUGGCUUGUUCCAGUUCCUGUCCAGUGAUGUUCAACAAGCUAUGGGGGACCACCUUGUUUAUGGCAGGUUUCUUCACUCCAGGGUCUGUGAUGGUGGGGAUUUAUGACAAGAUUUUUGCAGUAUUGAGAAAACAUCCUUGUACAACCAAUAACUUGCCAGAAAAUUAA